ACAUGGUUGUUUUGGUAUGUACUAGUGUAGCUGUCAUCUGUCAGGAGGAAAGGCAGACUUGGGGAGUUUAGGGUACUGAAUUUGGGGUAAAUGUCGGAGUAGGCCUCACCAUGCUUUGUUCGAGUUGAUGAAACGAACCGCGGGUCGAGACAUAGACGGAUAUUUAAUUAUUUUGGUGAGUUACGGGAGCUAGCGGUUAGCUAGCCCGUUAGCUGUCAAUCUGUCAACAAGUUUUCAGAAUGGACUGUACAGCUCUGGAGGUCGAUGCUGUCAAAUUCGCCAAAACAGCUGUCACAUACGACCAGAGUGGAAAAUACAAUGAGGCUGUAUUUUAUUAUAAGGAGGCAGCCCAGGCCCUGAUAUAUGCUGGCAUGGCAGGAUCCAAACUGGAGGGGAUCCAGGACAAAGUCAAUGAGUAUUUGGACCGGGUUCAAGCUCUCCACAAUGCUGUCCAGGCCCAGAAGAUCGACCCCCUGAAGACCCGACAGCAGGUGGACCUAGAGCGAGCCCACUUCCUGGUCACACAAGCCUUCGAGGAAGACGAAAAGGGAAACGACGAUGAAGCUGUUGAACUGUACACUCAGGCUGUGGAGCUGUGCAUUAAAACGUCCAAUGAAACAUCAGAGCAGGCGCUGCAGAACAAACUGAAGCAGCUGGCACGGCAAGCUCUGGACAGGGCCGAAGGUCUUAAAGAAUCUCAGUCCAAAUCAGCUCCAGCUCAGGACAGGACAGGGCCUCCUGGAUCCAGGCCCAACAGCGGUGUCAGCUCAGGAGGGCCGGUACGCCAGUUCUUCCCCCUGGGACCUGACUUCUCCCUCCAUGACCGCCCGCAACCUCAGCCGGUCAGAGCGGUGCAGUCCAGCGAGCCCCACGGUCAGCGCUACACGUCUGAGGAGAUCGAGGUGCUCAGGAGUACUUCUACAAUCAACAGCAUUGCCUAUGUGCCCUUCAUGAGUGUGGAUUUGAGGGAGAGAUUUGCCUUUCCUGUCCCUUUCUCGGACAAAACAGGGAAGCUGGCUCUGUCACCCAAACAGAAAGCCAUCUUCUCCCGCUGGGUCCGGCCAGACGAGAUCUGCAAUAAUCCCACUAUGAUCAUGUCUGUGUCCAGCUUCAGCAUCAAACAGACGGUGGUGUCUGACUGUUCGUUUGUGGCUUCGCUCGCCAUCAGUGCGGCUUAUGAGAGGCGCUACAACAAGAAACUCAUCACCAGCGUCAUCUACCCUCAGAACAGACGAGGUGAACCGGAGUAUAACCCCUGUGGGAAGUACAUGGUCAAACUUCACAUUAACGGAGUUCCCAGGAAGGUGAUCAUUGAUGACUACCUGCCGGUGGAUCGAAACGGGGAGCUGCUGUGCUCCUACUCCAGCAACAGGAACGAGCUCUGGGUGUCCCUGAUAGAAAAGGCCUACAUGAAGGUGAUGGGAGGCUAUGACUUUCCCGGCUCCAAUUCGAACAUCGAUCUGCACGCGCUCACCGGCUGGAUCCCCGAACGCAUCGCUAUGCACUCAGACAAUCAAUCAUUCAGCAAAGACGACACUUUCCGCAUGCUCUUCCAGAGGUUUCACAGGGGUGACGUCCUCAUCACCACGGCAACAGGCGUGAUGACAGAGGAAGAAGGGGAGAGAUGGGGUUUAGUGCCAACACACGCCUACGCUGUUCUCGACAUCAGGGAAUACAAGGGAAUGCGCUUCCUGCAGCUGAAGAAUCCGUGGAGUCACCUGCGGUGGAAGGGACGAUACAGCGAACGUGACGAGAAGAACUGGACACCCGAACUCCUCAAAUACCUCAACUUUGAUCCAAAGACAGCACAGAAGUUUGAUAAUGGUGUUUUCUGGAUCGCAUGGGAGGAUCUCUGUCAGUACUAUGAUGUCAUCUACCUGAGCUGGAACCCCGGCCUGUUCAAGGAGUCCUCCUGCAUCCACAGUAGCUGGGAUGGGAAGCAGGGCCCGGUGAAGGAUGUCUACAGUCUGGCCAACAACCCGCAGUACAAGCUGGAGGUCCAGUGUCCAGCAGGGGGAGCUGCUGUGUGGGUGCUGCUCACCAGACACAUCACUGACAAGGACGAUUUUGCACAAAACAGAGAGUUCAUCACCCUCGUCGUUUACAAGACGGAUGGGAAGAAGGUUUACUACCCAGCGGAUCCUCCUCCCUACAUCGACGGUAUCCGUAUCAACAGCCCACACUACCUGACCAAGAUGAAGCUGACCAGUGCAGGGACGCACACGUUCACACUGGUGGUGUCCCAGUAUGAGAAACAGAACACCAUCAACUACACACUGAGGGUUUACUCUGGAUGCAAAUUCACCUUCUCCAAGAUCCCAAAUCCAUUCACUCAAAUCAAAAGGAUCAACGGCCAGUGGAAGGGAAUCACCGCUGGAGGCUGUGGGAACUACAAAGACUCGUACAAACACAAUCCAAUCUACCAGAUUAACCUGGAGAGACCGGGACCACUGCUCAUCGAGCUCCGAGGAUCCAGGCAGUACAGUGUUGGUUUUGAGAUGGUCACGGUCUCCCAGGUCGGGGAUCCGGGCUCGGCUGCCUUCCAGAAAAAGAGCAGUGGAGAUUACAGAUGUGGAUUUUGCUACAUGGAGGCCGACCACGUCCCAGCAGGCAUCUACAACGUCAUCCCCACCACCUUCCUGCCCAAACAGGAAGGACCCUUCUUCUUGGACUUUGCCAGCACCUCACCUCUGAAGGUCUCCCAGCUUCAAUGAAGACAAAGCUGGAGAGAGAGAGGUACUCACACACGGUACCACAGGAAGUCUCUGAAACUGGACGCUGGAUGUAAUGAGGCGCCUGGGCCUCGGUGAAACUCAGACAGCCCAGAAUGUGACUGUCUUUCCCUCGUUUAUCUCUGAAACCUUUGCUGGAAUAAAUGGACUGGUUGUGAACUUAUGAGCAAAGUCUUUUAGAGAAGUGAUAAAAUACACUUUCACCAAAUAUUUAACACAGUUUUCUUGAUGAGAGCAUUGACAGACAGCUGCUAUACCUCCUUUUGCCAUUAUAAAUUAGUAACAGUACUUGAUUAGAUGGAUUAAUCUGAUGACGUGACCAUAAAACAGCCAUGUCCUGCACAUGGAGUAUGUGGAGAAGUUAGAUAUUUAAGAUUAGGACCUUUCAAAAGCUGCAAAAUCUGGCCUCAAGGCUGCAUUAAAGCAGUGGAUUUAUUCAUAGGAAGAGCCAUCCUUAAGGCCUUCGGUAUCAGUGGAACUACAGCAAGUUGUUAAUUUUGAUUUUGACUUUCAAGGACACAACAUUUAAGAGGAUGGAAGGAAAAAAGUACCAUAGUUGUGAUUCUCACAGCUAUAAAACUUAAAUAAGGAAACCCAGAACAGAAAUUAUGCAGUGUGGGGGGUCAUUUUUGAGGCAUAUUAGAGCGUCAUAUGUCCCCUACUCUAUUUAUUGCCAAACUUCACCCUCAGUUCACUUUGUCAACUCUUAUCAUACAGUUUGAUUUCAGCAGUCUGGAGCCACAAUGCAAAUACGUUUAUCUAGAGUCUAUUAGUUUGAAGGGAAAUUAAGAGCAGACAGCGGCCGUGAAGGUUGUUUUAUUCUCAGGAGCAGAGCAGCAGCAGCACAGGGAAUCAGUAUGGCAGCAGCUGAAUGACGUCUCUUCAUGUUCUGCAGUGUGGAUGUGACGGCUGAGUGACAGACAGCCUGAUUUCACUGAGGUCGGUACUUGGCACGCUGUGAGACUGGUAGCAUGUGUAAGUGUCAGUGUCAUACAGUGUGUGGCAUGAGUGAAAAUGUUUGUCUCUAUCUACCUUAAGCAGAUAAUAAUGUAUUCUUGCCAAGUACACAUCCUUCUGUUUACUUUUUUAGCUGACAUGCUGCACUUUUUAUUUAGGUUAUUGUCAUGCCAAAUGUAUGUAAAACCAUGUCUAUCAUUGCGUCAGUUAAAGUAGUUUUAGAAAAACUGAUCCUGGUCCACAUAUAGGUGGGUGUUUGAGGUUUUUAUUUACGUUUUGGCCUUUUACACAUGUGAACAGUGUUGUAGGUCACUGAAGAUUUCAUAGAAACUCUGUUUACAGCAUGUAAGUUUUGGACUUGUAACGUCACACUUUGCACCAGUUCCUCCAGUGUUUGAUGUCACUACUUUGGAAAAAUAUCCCUUUUGUUUACAUGUGGAGUCGCCCUGGUGUUAACAUUUUAACUAGGGCUGAGUGAUUUAGGAAAUUUAUAUAUUUUUUUUACCCAAUAUUGCGAUUUAAUAUGUGAUUAUUUCUUAAGUUCUUCAUCUCAUGUACUUUCGAACAAAAAAAGCAAUACUUCAUUCUAUACCAGUUGUUCUCAACUGGUGGGUCGGGACCCAAAAGUGUAUCGUGGAGCAGUCUUCAGUGGGUCGCAGCUAGGUGUCUGGAAAAAAAGGCGGCAAAAGUCCUGAAGUCCUAAUUAGACAUGCUUCAAUACCUUUUAUUUUACCCUGUUUCACUCUGAAUUUGGGUUAAUUUCAAUCUUUGAUCAAUAUUUCAACUAAUUUAUACCCCCUUCUUGUGAUUAAUGGCUACUUUUCCCAUGAUAAUGAAGUAUUUUUACUGGAGGUGGAAGAAGAAAUCGAUACAGCAUAGUUUUGCAAUAUUUUGUCUGGUGAUAUAUCAUAUCGUUUCGGCCACCAAGUAUCCAUUUUUUCAAAUUAAUUGCUAAUAUGACCUGAAGUCUGUGAUAAUGAAAAAAUAAAAUCAGUUGUUUGUCCUGUGAGGUCGACAGAGGUGACAGUCAUAGAGCAGGAGAAAGUUAGUACAACAAACAUGCUGCACCGGAGGAAAGGAGUGCAAGCAGGGCACAAAUGAGAUGGAAAUGACACAUGAGGUUUGCAAGAAGUGCUACAUGAAAAUAAAAUAUUGCAGAAAUACGACAAAACUUGAAGUCAAGACUAAUGCUAAAUCAGCGAAACAGUUGAAAAAAAUGGUAUAAAUCGCAAUAUAUUGCAAUGUAUGGUAUCGCAAUAAUCACUGUAUUGCAAAAUGUUUAAAAUCUCAGUAAUGUCGAAUUGUGACCCAAGCAUCAUUAUAAUAUCAUAUUGUGGGGCCACUAGUGAUUCCCACCCCUAAUUUGUACAUGUUCUCUGGAAAAUUGGCAAAAAAGGACACAUAAUGAUGGUGAAAGAGGGUAUAAAAUUAGACAGUUUUGUCGCUUUUCCUUCAAGUGCUUUGGUCCAAUCGUGUUCCCAACUGCAACAUAUUCAAUUAACUAAGCAUCAUUUUUUUGAAACUUGGGUCACGAUCUGUUGUCAGACAGACUGGUUGGUCCCCAGUCUGGACCAGUUGAGAACCACUGUUCUAUACUAUAGCCAACACAAUAUUAGAUUAAACUAGGGCUGAACAAUUGCAGUAUUAAGGGAAUGAUAAUUUUUAAUAAUUUUCAUAUUUUACAAGAAAAACAUACAAAAAUUAAGAAAAUAGUUGUCUUUUUUUGCACUCUAUUAAAAGAUAUGUCAUUAGAAAGAUUGCACGAUAUGUAAUGCAUAACGCCUCUGCUGCAAAAAAGUUUCAAACUGGUAUUUUGACACAAAUUUCAGGUUUAAGAAUUAUUGCACCUUCUGCAAUUUGAAAAUUGCACCAGGCCAUAUUGCGAUUUUAAUCUCAUUUGCAAUUAAUUGCCCAGCCCUAAUUUUAACUGGACUUUUGACAUGCUUAGGGGGUUGACUGAUAUUAUUUUUGCAGGACCAAUUUAAGUUAUAAGUAGUUCAUGAGAGCGAUUAUCGAUUAUCGGAACUGGUUUGCAUUAAGAGUAAAUAGUAACCUCGUCACUGUUGAGUAAACCUCAAAUCUUCAUUCAUUUUUUUAACCCCAUAAAUCAUUGCUAUAGGUCACCGCAUACACAGGCAGUCGCUCUCCCACUGUGCUGCCACUCUAGCUAAGCAAAACCCACCACCAGUGCUGCUGGUUUUGGAUGUUUUGGGCCUCCUGUUUACAUGGGUAGCGCCUCAAACCACUAGGCCAUCUGCGCACCAACGAGGAUGAUUUUUGAAAUAAGAAGUGGAGAUUGGGUAACUUUUAAAGGCCUCUGUUUUCAAAAAUACCCACCUAUAUGAGCACCAGGCCUUAAAUUAAUAUAUAUUUUGUUAACCUGGCACCUUUAAACUGACAUUUUUUGGUAUCUACAUGGCUUAGGCCAGCUACACGGUAGACUUUCUUCAGCCCAAUCUUGGGCCAUGGAGCCUGGCCUGAUUCAUGGCACGUCACAUCUUGAUUAAGUUUGUGGUGUCAACAUAAAGAUGUACUGCUCCUGACUGAGUUUGAUCCCUGAUCUUAAAACCGUAAAUAUCAAACAUGUUUCUUAAAAAAGGGCCUAGGUUUAACAAUACCAGGAAUACCCUAUAAUGAAGUGACUGUAGAAGAACGCAGGGGUCAUGCUGGUUUAGUGGCUGCUUACACGCCACCACACAGACUUAAAUAUAAGGGAGAAACCUGCCUCAGUAAAUUAUUUAUCAUAUUAAUGUUAUAAUCACCUGAAACAAAGACAUAUUUGACCCGGUUCAAAGCACAGUUAACAGAAAACCAUUGCUGACUUGCUGUUGAUGGUAAAUGUAUAAAUGAUAAUGCUGUUGUUCUAACAGGUUGAAAUAUAGCUUUAAAUAUUCAUUGCCAAGCACUUCUGUCAGAUAUCCACAUGUUUAGUGUUUGUUAUUAUUAUGAAUGUUCUGUUUUUCUGUUAUCAUAUUCAGUUAUGUCUUUAAUCAGCAUCAGGCCGAUAAUUUCAGCAUGCAGCAGGACAAUCUUGCAGCAGCCUGCUGUGUGAAUGAUGAUGUAAUGUUUGCAGCACUUGCACUAAAUGUUGGGUGGACUGAUGUGUUCAAUCUUGAAUGCAUAAAAACAUAUCUGAAUAUGCGUGUUCUCUGUUUUCUUUCUUUUAUGAAGAGGGACAGCCCAAGCCACAUGAAUCAGUCUGUCUCAUGCUACUGAAUUAAACAUAAGACAAUAUUUCUGUGUUAAAUUAAUGCUGACCUGCCAACAGAAGCCAAUAC